UCGUCACUUCCGGCGGACGCUCUGCGUCUCUUGCCUCCGUCACUUCCUGCCGAUACCGGUGUGGACGGUGCGAAUCGUGGCUGGGCCGGUUCUCCGGUUCUCCCCCUCCCCUACUUUCCUCCCUCCCUCCCUUUCCCUCCCUCGGCGACUUGUCGCUCGCCCGUCGCAGACUCCCUGACCCCUCCCUAACCCCCUUCUGACCUCGGUGCCACCGGAUUGGCCUUCUUUUCCUGUUUCCCGGCCCAGCCCCAGUAUCAGGGCGGGGGCCUUGUGGAGCCUGAGGCGCCGCAGCUGAGGAAAGAACAGACGACGACGACGACCCUCCGCUCACCAGCCGGAUCUCUGGGUUCACCGCCACCAUGGCAAUGAGGCAGACGCCGCUCACCUGCUCUGGCCACACGCGGCCCGUGGUUGACUUGGCCUUCAGCGGCAUCACGCCUUAUGGGUAUUUCUUAAUCAGCGCUUGCAAAGAUGGUAAACCUAUGCUACGCCAGGGAGAUACAGGAGACUGGAUUGGAACAUUUUUGGGUCAUAAAGGUGCUGUUUGGGGUGCCACAUUGAAUAACGAUGCCACCAAAGCAGCUACAGCAGCUGCAGAUUUCACAGCCAAAGUGUGGGAUGCUGUCUCAGGAGAUGAAUUGAUGACCCUGGCUCAUAAACACAUCGUCAAGACUGUGGAUUUCACACAGGAUAGUAAUUAUUUGUUAACCGGGGGACAGGAUAAACUGUUACGCAUAUAUGACUUGAACAAACCUGAAGCUGAACCUAAAGAAAUUAGUGGUCAUACCUCUGGUAUUAAAAAGGCUCUAUGGUGCAGUGAGGAUAAACAGAUUCUUUCUGCUGAUGAUAAAACUGUUCGUCUUUGGGAUCAUGCUACUAUGACAGAAGUGAAAUCCCUAAAUUUUAAUAUGUCUGUUAGUAGUAUGGAAUAUAUUCCUGAGGGAGAGAUUUUGGUUAUAACUUAUGGACGAUCUAUCGCUUUUCAUAGUGCAGUAAGUUUGGAUCCAAUUAAAUCCUUUGAAGCUCCUGCAACCAUAAAUUCUGCAUCUCUUCAUCCUGAGAAAGAAUUUCUUGUUGCAGGUGGUGAAGAUUUUAAACUUUAUAAGUAUGAUUAUAAUAGUGGAGAAGAAUUAGAAUCCUACAAAGGACACUUUGGUCCUAUUCACUGUGUGAGAUUUAGUCCUGAUGGAGAACUCUAUGCCAGUGGUUCUGAAGAUGGAACAUUGAGACUAUGGCAGACUGUGGUAGGAAAAACAUAUGGCCUUUGGAAAUGUGUGCUUCCGGAAGAAGAUAGUGGUGAACUGGCAAAACCAAAGAUUGGCUUCCCAGAGACAACAGAAGAAGAGCUAGAAGAAAUUGCUUCAGAGAAUUCAGAUUCCAUCUAUUCUUCAACUCCUGAAGUUAAAGCCUGAGCAUCAAGUAUGUGCCACAGAUAGUAAUACAACUUAUGGACUAAAACAAGCAAGCAGAGAAAAGCCUUCCAGAGUUACUCCAGAGUUACUCUCUGCUUAAGGCAAACACGGCAGUAAAUAAUGGGGAAUAUGACUUAGCUCCAGUGCUGGAACAACUAACUUGGUGUUACUGUUACCUGUAAGUGAAAAUGCAAGAGCAUCAGAUGUAAGCAGGUGGAGUUAUGUUCUUGUAGUACGAUGGCCUGUUGUCUUUUUAAUGAAUACGUACAAGCCAACAUCCAAUUUCUCUUAUUACAGUUAGAUUUCUUGUAGCUGUUUAUGUUAUUAUGGAGAAGAAAAAUAUAUUGACUUAUUUUUCUGACUUUUCCCUUAAAGCAAAAUGCCUUCUCUUUUUUGCUUUAGCUGUAAAAAAGAGAGAAUACAUGAUAAAGUAACAGGUUGAUUUCUCUUUCAUUGUAUACUGCUUCUGAACAUCUAAUUGUUUUUAGUUGUCUAAAUAAAAUGCCUCUAAAACAAAA